AUGGAACCCACCGGCAACUCUACCGUCUUUGGCGAACGCAAGCCCAUCAAGAAGACCGUCGCAACCUCCACGACUGCGAAACCAAACGGGAAGUCCACUGCUUCUUCCGCGACUGUGAUGAAACCUAGCGAGACGACUGCUGUUUUAUGCGCUAAUUCGAUGAACCCAAACGCUUCUACCGCUCUAUCCUCUGCGCAUGGCGAUCAAGUGAUGUUGUUCAGAGAUGUUACGCUCGGCCCACGCGAAGCUGAGCUGGUGUUUCGUUUGAUUCAUUUUUGGGAGGCUCGAAAUCCAAACACUAAGAUUCUCAUUGGACAAGAGAUGCUCCUUAUCGACGAAGAGGGAACUGUCAUACAAGGUUUUGUUCCAGCCGGGCGUGUAGGGACAUAUGAACUGAUAGCUGGUUCUGUCUGUAAGCUGAGCAACUUUUUCGGAUCCAGAAGCAAGGUUCAGUAUCGAGUUGCUGAUCAUAGCGCCACUGUUUCAUUCACCUGGAAUUCUGCUUUAACUGUUCUUGAGAGCCCUCCAGUUCUAAUUCCAGAAGAUAGGUUCAGGUUCCACAGCUAUGAAGAGUUUAAGGCCAAUUGUGACUCCAAGGGUGAUCUUUAUGAUUACCUUGGCCACAUGAAGCUGGUGGAUGGGCAGACUAUCACCGAUCAUACUGCGCUUGACGAGGCUGACAUAGCAAGGAAGCGUCAUCUAUGCGUUCAUGUUCAGACACAUGACAGCGACUUCUGCCAGAAGUUCAAAUCGUACGGGAGCACUCCGACCGUUCUGUUGGUCACCACAGUUAACCCUAAACAUCUUGGAGGAACACUUGCUCUCAGUACUAUGUCAUCGUCUCGAGUGUUCAUGGAUGCUGAUGUCCAGCCUAGCAAGGAGUAUCUUGAGUGGUUGAGCUCCAACUCUGAAAUUGCUAAUAGAAUUGCUGCUGAUGUUGUCACUAAGCCUGAGCCAGUGACACUUGAGGAGCUAUUCUCAUACAUUAGGCAGGAAGCUUCUAAGGUUACUUGGUUUGAAUGCACUGCAACUAUAGAUGAUGUUGUCCAGGGUUCUGCUUGGUACUAUAUUUCAUGCGGUGGAUGUAACAGUAAGGCAGUUAAAGGGCCUAGAUCCUUCAUUUGUAACAAUAAGAAGUGUGUGAAAAGUGAAGUCACUGGCGUUGCUCAAUACCUCACGAGGAUUUCAGUUUAUGAUAAGAGUGAGCAAGCAAUUUUUGUCAUCCUUGGUGAUGCUGGCAAGGACCUGACUGGGAAACAUGCUGCAGAGUUAGUUGCUAAUUACUUUGAGACCAAUGGAGGUGUAGGAGUUGACAAUUGCGUGCCGGUGCCGCAAGCAUUGCUUGACACAAUAGGGCAGACACGCAAAUUCAUUGUGAAGGUCUCGGAUCAUAAUCUGACAGCCAAGACUCAGACCAUUACUGUCACAAAGAUACUCCCACCAGAAGUUCCACUUCCAGUAUCGUCUGAUGGUAUUUCGAAGACUGUGAGUGAUGAGUCUGGUCUUUCCAAUGUCUUCGAAGAUGCUGUUGGUGAUAGAGCUAGAAAAGCUUCUGAGAUUCUUGAGUCGAACGAAACCAAGCGUUCCAAAAGUGGCUGA